AGGAGGAAGUAAAUAACCUGACAAAAUGAGUGCAGGAUUUUGGUCUCCGUCGUUUGGAUAUGGAACCCUUUCAUUAAUGUGCCUCAUUCUACUUCACUGCUUUGGUCAAGAUAUAACACUGACUCCACAGAGUCCUGCCACAGUCAGAGAGGGACAGACGUUAGUGCUGACAUGUCAAUCAGGCCAGACUAGUGGAUUGUAUACGUUCUCUUAUAUCAACAGUGAGGGAAAUACAAUUGGUUAUGCUUCAGGAGGAGGAGGAUUCAAAUCAUGUACCAAUAACACUAAUGAUGCAUUCAUAGAGUGUGAUUUUGGGACUCCAUGGAAAUUCAAACUAACAUUGCUAAAUCCUGUUCAUAACCAGGCCGUCUACUGUCAGAGAACUGGCGGGGGUCAAGAUGUAAAGAACAGUAGUACCACCAUCUUUGUACAAGUGUCCGUCAGUAGUGUCACACUGUCACCAUCGUCCAGUGUAGAGGUCAUUGAAGGAACGUCCUUCACCUUCAGCUGUGUAUCAAAAGCUGUCAGACCAGCAGUAACUAUAACAUGGUACAAAGACGGUGUGGUCGUGAGUGAAAGUUCAUCGAGUAUUUCAACGAAUAAUCUGCUCUACGAUGUGACCAGUAAUCUUACGUCAUCCUAUCAAAGAACGGAUAAUGGGAAGAGGAUAUAUUGUACUGCAGUCAAUAUAAAUGGAGACACUCCAAUACAGUCAUCCCAAGCUGAACUAAAUGUUUUAUAUGCACCCCCUGCUGCCCCACAACUGACAGCUGAUGGAUCUACAUCAGCGGAUGAAGGACAGUCCAUUACAUUACGGUGUACCUUGUCUACACUGGGUAACCCUCCCAUCACGUGGAGCUGGGUGUGUGGAGAUGACACACUGACCACUGCAGUGACCAAUACAGGGACCCAGUCCGUGCUGACAUUGACAACCAACAGAAAGUACAACCAGAGAACGUGUCAGUGUAGAGCCACAAGUUCAAGACCGUCAUUAUAUUAUAGCAGGACGUCAGGAACACAGACCAUCAUUGCGUACUUUGUACCCCCUGCUGCCCCACAACUGACAUCUGAUGGAUCUACGUCAGUGGAUGAAGGACAGUCCAUUACAUUACGAUGUACCUUGUCAACACUGGGUAACCCUCCCAUCACGUGGAGCUGGGUAUGUGAAGAUGACACACUGACCACUGGAGUGACCAAUACAGGGACCCAGUCAGUGCUGACAUUGACAGCCAACAGAAAGUACAACCAGAGAACGUGUCAGUGUAGCGCCACAAGUCCCAGACCGUCAUUGUUGUAUGACAGAGCGUCAGGAACACAGACCAUAACCGUGUACUAUGCACCCCCUGCUGCCCCACAACUGACAUCUGAUGGAUCUACGUCAGUGGAUGAAAGACAGUCCAUUGCAUUACGAUGUACCUUGUCUACGCUUGGUAACCCUCACAUCACGUGGAGCUGGGUGUGUGGAGAUGACACACUGACCACUGGAGUGACCAAUACAGGGACCCAGUCAGAGCUGACAUUGACAGCAAACAGAAAGUACAACCAGAGAACGUGUCAGUGUAGAGCCACAAGUCCAAGAUCGUCAUUGUCGUAUAACAGGACGUCAGGAACACAAAUCAUCACUGUAUACUAUAACAAUGUCAUAAUAUCAAACUUGAGUGGAAAAUAUGUCACCAGUGAACACGAACGACUUCAGAUAAAAUGUGAUAUGGUUGGAAAUCCGUUAUCUACCAUCACGUGGCUGUUUGUACAAAACAACACUGUUGUAAAGAGAGACAGUGAUGUAAGCAGCAGCUCACUGGACAUACUGUCAGCAAACUGCCUAGAUCACGGGAGUUACAAAGUUACAGCUGAAAAUGGAAAGGGUCCAGCUGCUGUCAGAACAACCCAUGUAGCGGUGAGAUGUAAACCUCGACUGUAUAACGUGGAUUCGGACAAAUUUGGCAUAGGAAAUAAUGAAUCUCUUCAAAUAUUCGUGAGAAUGCUAAUGUAUCCAGAAGCAACUCUUACACAGUGGACUUUCUCGGGGAAAAAUAAUGAGAGUAAAAUCAUUCAGAAUAAUACAAAAGGUUACAGCAUAACAGACAGUAAGGAAGAGAAUAAACAAAACAUCUCUCUAUACAAAAGGAGUGUUAAAACAGAGGACUUUGGAGAGUACACAUUAAUGGUUCUGAAUGAUGUUGGUAAUUUCACCAGGAUCUAUCAUGUAGAUGCAGCAAGGUCACCAUUGAAACCCACUAAUUUAACAUUGGAAUGUGGCACGUCUGCAAAGUUAUCAUGGAUUUCUAACUUUAACGGUGGAGAUAGUCAGACCUUUAAGAUUUCCUACUCCGCUGUUGGGGAUUCAUCAUAUAAAGAUCUAGAGAACAUCAGUGACGAGGGAUAUGGGAGACUCCACAGUUACACUCCCAGCAUUGGGCUACAAGGGACAGUAUGGUUUACAGUGACUGCCUCCAACAUAUUUGGGAAUUCUACAUCCGAUUAUGUCCAUUGCAUUGUUAAAGGAAUGCAAGAGGAGGUCAGCCGUCAGACGGAGACGAUUGUCGGCAGUGUUGCCGGCAGUGUGGCGUUCAUCAUCGCUGUUUCAGUCCUUGUGAUCUUCCUCCGAAGGCGUUAUAAAUGCACCUGCAUCAUAAGUAAUGUAUAAAUCUUUCCUAAGA